ACGACGUCGACGUCUCAUUCAGUUCGAAGUCGCGGCCGCAGUCGGACGUCCUCAGGAGGGAAACCUCGAAAUUCCGAGCCGAACAUCGAAUCCGCGUGGCGUAGCGCGCGGUCCAGUUUUUCUUCUUCUUAUUCCGCAGCAAGCAGGGACGCGCGCGAGUAUCAAACCGAAGCUGCAAGCAGAACCAUAGAACGGUUUUGGGGACCUCUCAAGGGCAAAGAAGUUACCGAUUCGAUACUUCUUGUUUUCGGGGGAAAACUUUCUUCUGAGGGUCUCGGAAGGUUCCUACCUUCCUCACCGGCUGAAGUGCGUGGACGUGGUGCAGUUCCAUUAAUAAGAGCGCGUUCUUUUCUUCUGUGGUGAUAUCUUGGCUUGGGUUUGUCCGACCAAAAAAGAAGUGUUAUUGCGUGUGCUAGGGCGUUUGAUUCCCCUCCAUUAUUUUUGGAGUGAUUUCUAGGAGCAUUUUGUGUGUGCCUGUCUGUGCGGAUUUUAAAGGAUUACCGAAGGAGUUUGAAUCAGCAUCAUGGGAGAUAACGCAGUCCCCAUCAAGGGAAAUGUUUUGGGAUCAUUGCUCCCGGCCCGCUACAUCUUGGCAGUGCUCGGUUCCAUUGGCAUGGCCAUCAUUUACGGGCUUAAGGUGAACCUGAGCGUGGCCAUGGUGGCCAUGUUGAACCACUCUGCCCUAGCCCACAACGCUCCGAUGUCCCAUGAGGCGUCACAUCAAACGGCUGCGGAACCGGUCUGCCAGGGAGGAAACUCCACCGAAGCCGUCGAGGACGGACCCUUCGCCUGGAGUGAACCGCUGCAGGGAGCCAUCCUCAGUUGCUACUUCUGGGGAUACUUCGUGUCCCAGAUUCCGGGGGCACGUAUCGCGGAAAGCGUUUCCGCCAAAUGGGUCAUGUUCUUCUCGGUGUUCAUCAACGUCCUGUGCACCCUGCUGACUCCCAUUUCGGCGAACCUGCACUACGGAGCCGUCAUUGCGAUGCGUAUCGGCGAAGGUAUCGGAGGAGGUGUCACUUUCCCGUCGAUGCACGUGAUGUUAGCCUCGUGGGCUCCACCAAAUGAACGAUCUGUUAUGUCGGCUAUAGUUUAUGCUGGCACUGCUCUGGGAACGGUUAUCUCUAUGUUGAUGGCUGGUGUGUUGGCUGGAACCUUGGGAUGGGAGUCAGUAUUCUACGUAAUGGGUGGACUAAGCUGUCUCUGGUUGCUGUUGUGGGUUUGGUUGAUUCAAGAUACUCCAAACAAACAAGCUUUGAUGAGCCAAGAGGAACGUACCUUCAUUACUUCAUCGCUCGGUUCAGAAGGUGGACACAGUGGUCCAAAACCAGCCAUUCCAUGGAAGAAGGUCUUUACCUCGGCACCAUUUUACGGAAUCUUGAUCGCUCAUGUCUGCAACAACUGGGGCUGGUACAUGUUGCUCAUUGAAUUGCCGUUCUACAUGAAGCAAGUUUUGCAGUUCAACAUCAAAGAAAAUGCCGUCGUCACCGCCAUUCCGUUCUUGACCAUGUGGUUCUUCAGUAUGGCUCUCAGUAAAACUCUGGAUGCCCUUCGUGCUCGGGGAAAGAUCAAUACAACCAUCGCUCGUAAGACCGCUACUUUGAUCGCAUCCGUCAUCCCUAUGUGUUGCCUGUUGGCCUUGUGCUACAUCGGAUGUCAACGAGGUGUUGCGGUGGCUCUGAUGACCAUCGGCAUCACAUCCAUUGGUGGAAUGUUCUGCGGAUUCCUGUCAAACCACAUUGAUAUUGCUCCGAACUAUGCCGGUACCUUGAUGGCCAUCACCAACACCGCUGCUACUCUGCCCGGAAUCACCGUUCCAAUUUUCGUCGGCCAAAUUACUCAUGGAAAUCAAACUAUUGGUGCCUGGCGCAUUAUCUUCUUCGUGACGAUUGCUCUUUACAUAAUCGAGAUCCUCGGCUACAGCUUCCUGGGUUCGGGAGAGGAACAACCGUGGAACAAGGGAGACAAACAAAACAAUAGUGCGGUAGAAAACGGCGAGGCCGAAGCGACACCACUCAAUACUAAAGAAUCAAAAACGUACACCCCACAAGACGAGUAAAUCAUUGCCCUCCGAACUCAUUAGAGGAGGACAUUUCUUGAACCAAGCAUGGGAAAAUAGCUGACACCCAUGCUCCAAAACGACAAAAUCGAUAUCAGAUUAUUUGUUUUUAAGAGAUUUUAUUACCUUUACGACAUCAGCUGCUAUAAAUCAUCAUAUUAAUGUUACUUAAUUUUGAGAAUUUUAGUACUUAGUUAUGUAAAGUGUGUACACAUUUUGUAAUAGGUAUGCGGUUCACUCAAAAAAAACUUAUCGGAUCACAAAAACAAACUUCGGAACAAAAAGAAACUUCUUCCUGCGACAAAAAACCUCCGAUUAUGCAAAUGCUGCCAUGCACGAAACAAUUAAUAUUCUUAACAAACUUAUUUUUAAAAAAUCUCUAAACUGCAACAAGCAAUUAAGGAUACUUAAGACAAAAGAGACUUAAAACAGAAACAAAAUAUAUAGGCAUUUAGAUUCAUAAAAUGGUUUAAAAAAUGUUAGAUAUCUGAUAAACAAAAACAAACAAGAAAAGUACUAUGUAUCUGGAAACAUUCGUCAAUGCUUUAAAUGUGGCACAUUGCUAGGAAAAUAAAAUCUGACUUUGGAAAACUGUGUAAAACCACAGUAUAAAGAGAAGGUUAAAACAUAAAUACGAGUAAUGAAGUCCAAAUAAAUAGACAAAAUUUAAAAUGAUCAACUACCCCCCCGCUUGCGAGAGAAUGCAUUUGCAACAUAUAGCAUAGCAACAUGCUUUACAACCAUGUAGAAGUACGAAAAAUAUACAAGAUCGAAACUAUGGAAAGUUUGGCUGUGGUGGGGUUCAUCAACAAAUUAAAGGAAGAUCAAUAAAAAAACUUCAAUGUGAAAUAAAAA